AUGGGUUCGGAUGGGUCCUUCAUCCGCCACCCGCCACCCGCCUUGUGCUCCGAUCCACCUUUCCAAGGAAGGCACCUACCACUGCUGCUGGAGCUGAAGUCACGUGACGUUGCUACUGCUGUUGAAGUGAAGACCAGCGACGCUGCUGCUGUUCUUGAAGGAAGGCACCUACCACUGCUGCUGGAGCUGAAGUCACAUGACGCUGCUGCUGCUGUUGAAGUGAAGACCAGCAACGCUGCUGCUGCUGUUGAAAUUCUGACUUUGUUUUCAUGGCUUGCGCAGGGAAGGCACCUACCACUGCUGUUGGAGCUGAAGUCACGUGACGCUGCUGCUGCUGUUGAAGGACCAGAUCUGUGCUGCAAGGACCAGAUUGGAGCUACAUGGACCAGAUCGCUGUUGGGAGGAGCUGCUAGGAGGAGCUGCUGGAAGGAUAUGCACUGCACGACGCUUCGACUUUCUAGCUGCGACCCACAAAGAAACAACGAGCUGCUGGGAGGGCUGCUGGGAGGAGCUGCUGGGAGGAGCUGCUGGGAGGAUCUGCACUGCACGACGCUUCAACUUUCAAGCUACGACUCACAAAAAAACAACGAUUCCGCCGCGCAAUGGGGGCUGCCUGGGUGCCUCGACCAGGAGGGGGCUGAGCUGUGGCUGAGACGUGGCCAAGGCUUGAUGGGGCCUUGGAGUGGCAAGCAUGAGACAGACAUGCAGCUGCGCUGUCCCACACUGGGGAGGGUGUGGGGGGCAGAGUUCGGAUACCCGUUCCAGUGGUGCUGUGAUGAGCAACCGGGCCGGAACGCUUUAGAGCCUGACGGUGUGCAGACGGCCGGCCGGCGGGCUGUACAUUGGAGGGAGGUUCAGGCCUCUAGAGCGUUCUGGGCACCCGGAUGGCCAGGUAGCAUCACUGCUGGAAUGGGUUAUGAGCUCUUCAAGUCAGUAUCACACCGGGGCGGGUGUGGAGGACUUGAGCGCUAA